AUGGACAACGGAUAUGAGCCCCUCUCGUCGGACUGCGUAAAUGCUACGGUGCGACUGGAAGACUUGGAUUUCGAUGAGUUGGAGCAAGUAGAUGAACAGAUUACGGAUAAGGGAAAGCGAAAGGCGAUAGAGCACGACGAAGACGAUUAUUCCGGUUCCCUGCCGUCCAACGAUUUGCACCACUGGAAAGUUCGAGAGCGUCAUGCCCGAAAAGAGCUAGAUAGCGCGAGGCUUGUUUUUCAUGGUGUACAACACCACCUGCCACCUCAGGUGGUCUCAUCUUCGAGUCAAGAUCAACAGCGAAAUAUCACCUUACAACCGACAGCGUCGUCCUCAAGAGCUGGGGACGCUACAUCUACCUCUGCUUCACGUCCACAUCCUCUGCCCAUCGCUCCUCGUGGUAUGACUGGCUCAACAUAUGCUCAUCAACGACUUGGUCGUCAUGCCAUGUCUUCCACGAUUCUCCCUCAUAACACGAGAUCUUGUGCACAGCGUCCUCCCCCCCCACCUCACCCAUCCACAUCGCAACCUAAAGCUAGACAGACGCCUGAGGCAUUUCAUAACAUGCUUCGGGACACUUCCCCUGCGACUGCGAGGGCACGCCUUCUGCCAAUGUCUCAAACACAACACGACAACGACCUGUCUCACUCUGAAUCAUCAUUAUCACGAGAUCCUGCACAUGACCGUCUCCGAACUCAUGCACGGGAUCGACGUCCGCUUACGCCUAUACUAUCCGACGACGACGAUGGUCCAACACGUAAAAAGAGCAAGCAUAGUCAUACUAGUGUUGCUGAUUUAACAGAACCCCUGUAUCCCCCCACAUCUCUUCUUGACAAAUGUGCAGGUGUCUAUAGAUCAGAGGCGGCGAAGGUUGGGUGCAAUAGGGUGGAGAGGAAUACCAUUCGGCUGGAACAACAGCUGGAGCAGAAACUGUUACACAUGCGCGGUCACGUCGACGACAGAGCCGAUGACCUGCGACGGAUGACAGAUGAUCUUCAGCAACAGCUGCAUGCUUUACAGAGAUCCUCCUCUCUCCCCGAGCCACGUACAACACCACCUCCCACCUCCCGCCUCAUCAUCUGCUCCACAACAGUCGCCGACGCCAUCCUCUCCCCCCUCGAACUCCACCGACGUCUUACAGCUCAUGUCUCAUGUCGUGCUCAAUCAACAACAGCUUAUGCACGACACUCAUCAGCACCUCUGGCUGAAUUUUAA